CACAUAUACGUUACGCCUUCAUAUGUAACCAGAGGCACAUUGUAUAUUUGUUAAUAACUGAACAGGCAAACAAGCUGAGUAAGCUUUUUCACUUAUUUGAAGAAAUAAUUUGUUCGUAGGGAGACUUGUAUAGUAUAAUAUAACGUUUGGUUUUCCAGGCAUCGCCACACCCACCUAACUAGCACCACUUGCGCUUCUAAACCAAAUUAACGGACAACAAGCUGCCAUGGCCUCAGGUGGGGCCCAAGGGCCAGGGGCCACCCAUUUGGCCACCAAGGUGGAGCUGACCAUCUCCUGUGAGAACCUCAUGGACAUGGACGUCUUCUCUAAGUCUGACCCCCUGUGUGCCUUGUACAUCAACACUUCAGGCUCCCACUGGUAUGAGUUGGGGCGCACAGAGAUGAUCCUGAACUGCCUGAAUCCAAAGUUUGCCAAGAAGUUUGUUAUCGACUACUAUUUCGAGAUGGUGCAGAGGCUGAGGUUUUGCGUGUAUGAUAUUGACAAUGACACCUAUGACCUGGGUGAUGAUGAUUUUCUUGGGGAGCUUGAAUGUACCCUGGGCCAGAUUGUUUCUAACAAGCAGAUGACCCGAUCUUUGUUGCUGAAGAACAAGAGGCCUGCAGGUCGUGGGACCAUCACAAUCUGCGCAGAAGAAAUCACAGACACCAGAGUGGCAAACUUUGAGGUGUCAGCCCGCAGGCUGGACAAAAAGUUUUUCUGGUGGUCCGACCCUUUCCUGGAAUUCUACAAGCAAACAGAAACUGGCUGGCAGCUGGCUCACAGGACAGAGGUGGUUAGCAACAACCUAAAUCCAAUAUGGAAACCCUUCCGAAUCUCACUGAGAGCUCUCUGUGGAGGAGAUGUGGAGAAACCAAUACAGGUCUACUGCUAUGACCAUCAUGUCAGCGGUUCCCAUGACCUUAUUGGGAGCUUUAAAACCACGCUUGCGGAGAUGCAAGCUGCAACACACGUUUGUCCGGCUGAAUUUGAGUGUGUUAACCCAAAAAAGUUGAAGAAGAAAAACUACAAAAACUCUGGGGUCAUUUGCUUUAAGCAAUGCCAGGUGGUGAAGGAGUUUACCUUCCUGGAUUAUAUUAUGGGGGGUUGUCAACUGAACUUCACUAUUGCCAUUGACUUCACAGGCUCUAACGGGGAUCCCACAACUCCUCAGUCCCUCCACUACAUCAACCCUGAAGGCUAUAACGAAUACCUGACAGCUAUCUGGGCAGUGGGCAAUGUCAUCCAGGACUAUGACAGUACCAAGAUGUUUCCUGUCUUUGGUUUUGGAGCUCAGGUCCCUCCCUCCUUUCAGGUUUCCCAUGAGUUUCCUGUCAAUUUCAAUCCAACAAGUCCAUUCUGCGAGGGCAUAGAAGGUGUGGUGACUGCCUACCAGCAGUGUCUACCUCGGCUGAAGCUCUGGGGCCCCACCAACUUCUCUCCAAUCAUCAGGCACGUCACCUGCUUCGCCAGACAAGCUCUCCGGCAGAAUAUGGCCUCGCAAUACUACGUGCUGCUCAUCAUCACAGACGGAGUGAUCACAGACAUGGACCAGACUCGCUCGGCUAUUGUAGAGGCUUCUCGUCUGCCCAUGUCCAUCAUCAUAGUGGGUGUGGGUGGGGCAGACUUCAGCGCAAUGGAGUUCCUUGACAGUGAUGACAAAUUGCUGCGUUCGCCCAACGGUGACGUUGCCUCAAGAGACAUCGUCCAGUUUGUGCCCUUUAGAGAUUUCCAAGGGAACAGUGUGACCCUUGCCCAGAGCGUCCUGGCAGAGCUGCCUGAUCAAGUGGCUUCUUUCUUCAAUUCUUUCAAGCUGAAACCCCCUAAUACACUGAGUGUUUCUGGUCUGUGCUAGAAAGGUCAUAAAAGAAGAGUUGCUGUGACCAAAGGACAUGAUAGCUCGUAUAGUGCAUGAUAACCAAACAAUCACAAUAAAAGAAUAUACUCUGCCCACUAAAAAUGUAACAUUUGAUGUGUUGGCAUGGCUUUGUUGAUUAAAUAUCGAAUGUCAUUAUUCUUUGUAUAUUUCUUUGUAAAUGUUUUUUUUCCAGUCUUUUCCCUGCGUUACCUUUUGUCUGCUGUUAUCUUGCACUGUCAUUACUGUAACCCAUGUUUCUCAGAGAAAAGUUGUGUGCUUUAUCUGAGAAAGCAGGUGGGUUCAUAUAGCUUGCAGUGUGUUUUUAUCUGUCCAGGCAGGCAGCUGGGAAAAGGUCGUGUAUCAGCAGCAGCACCACCAUCACACUGAUACUGACAUUGUUCUUUCAGACCUUGUUGUCACAAGUCCUGGUUGCUUCUGUACACGGGAGCAAAGUUUAAUUUUUGUAUAAGAUGGUGUGAUUUUGAGCAUGAUGUUUAAUUUGGUAUGAAGAUUGAGUUUUGCAGCAUAAAAGUGUAAUUCCAGGUCGAGCUUUUUGCAACGUGGGAGAUCAGUGAGAUAUACAAGCGCCUGCUGCACCCUGCUGUGAAAAGAAGACAACUUGGGUCAAAUCUGUUCACUUGCAUCGGUGCUGUCAGAGCCUGAACUGUGACCACAUAGAUGUUCCUUCUUCUGCGAUUGUGGUAUUACUCUGAUGAAGGGGGCUCGUAGACAUGUGUGGCACCAGAGUCCAAUAAGCUGUAUUCCGGUUUAUCUGGCUUUCCAACAAAAUAUGUUGCACACUUAAUGGAACUGUCAAUAAAAAUAACACUCGU